AUGGCUUCCUGGUUGACCCCUGUGACCCUCCUGCUGCUGCGGCUGCUGGCUGGGGAGAAAGCCUUCUCAAAUCAUAAUGAUACCAGCUUCAGCCUCACGGAUUCAAUGAACCAGAUAUGGGAAAUCAAAGAGGACAUCUCCGAGGAAGACAUCCCCGAGAUCCAGUCCACUCAGCCCAGAGUGGGCUCUUCCACGAACCAGACAUGGGAAAUCAACGAAAACAUCUCCGAGAAAGAGAUCCCUGAGAUUCAAUCCACUCAGCCCACCCUGGGCUUUUCCACCACCAUGCCAACAGCCAACUCAACUAUCCUAAGGGCCAAUGGCACUUUGCCCUCCACCUCCCAGCCCUGGUUCCAGUCAACCACUCAACCUGCUGACCCAACUACUGGGCCCACUACUGAGCCCCCCUGCCCUGAGCCCGAGAUCCACUGCCCUGACUUGGAGAAUUCUUUGGCGGAGACCAUACUGGGGGAGGCUUUGCUGGAUUUCUCCGUGAAACUCUACCACGCCUUCUCAUUAGUGAAGAGGGAGGAGACCAAUAUGAUCUUCUCACCUUUCAGCGUUGCCAGCCUGCUCACUCAGAUCCUGCUUGGAGCCGGAAACACCACCAAGAAAAACCUGGAGACCGUCCUCUCCUACCCUGAGAACUUUUCCUGUGUCCACCAGGCCCUGAAGGCCUUCUCAUCCAAAGGCUUCACCUCGGUCUCUCAGAUCUUCCACAGCCCAGACCUGGCCAUACGGGACGCCUUUAUGAACGCUUCUCAGCACCUGUAUGGCACCCCCAGAACCCUGGGAAAUGACAGUGAUGCCAACUUGGAGCUCAUCAACACCUGGGUGGCGGAGAACACCAACCACAAGAUCAACUCUCUGCUAGACAGCCUGCCCUCCGACACCCGCCUUGUCCUCCUCAAUGCUAUCUAUCUAAGCGCCAAGUGGAAGACAACAUUUGAUCACAAAGACACCAGGAGGGAGCCCUUUUACUUGAAAUCCUCAAAGAAAAAAGUGCCCAUGAUGACCAGCAAGAAGUACCCGGUUGUCCAAUUCACUGACCCUAUGUUGAAGGCCAAGGUGGGGAAACUACAGCUCUCCCACAACUUGAGCAUGGUGAUCAUGGUACCCCAGAACUUGAAAUACAGUCUCCGAGACAUGGAGCAGGCUCUCAGCUUCCCUGUCUUAAAGGCCGUCAUGAAGAAGCUGGAGAUGACCAACGCCCAACCCACCUUCCUGAUGCUGCCCCGAUUCAAACUCAAGAGCAACCAGGACAUGUUGCUAAUCAUGGAGACAAUGGAAUUCUUUGACUUUGCUUAUGAUCUCAACCUGUGCGGGCUGACAGAGGACAAGAAUCUCCAGGUUUCUGCGAUGAAACACCAGGCGGCGCUGGAGCUGACGGAGAGCGGGGUAGAGGCGGUUGCGGCCUCCUCAAUCUCGUUGGCCCGGGCUCUGAUGAUCUUUGAGGUGCAGCAGCCCUUCCUCUUCCUGCUCUGGGACCAGCAGCACAAGCUCCCUAUCUUCAUGGGGCGAGUGUAUGACCCCACAGCCUGA